AUUACCUCGUUUUUUAUCAACAAGUGCUCUAAUUUCUUCAAUGAACGCCCACUAGAAGUAAUGGACAGACGUGUUGCACCCGAGUGGAAAGUACCUGUGCCUGAGGUAAAAGUAGAUCUACCUCCUCUCAAGCUAUUUAACAGCCUUUCCAACAAUAAAGUUGCUUUUAUUCCAAAAAGAGGCAAAGAUGUCACAUGGUAUUGCUGUGGUCCUACUGUGUAUGAUUCUUCUCAUAUGGGCCAUGCGAGAUCUUAUAUCUCAUUUGAUAUUAUUCGUCGGGUUCUUGUCGACUAUUUCGGGUUCAAUGUUAAGUAUGUGAUGAACAUUACGGAUAUUGAUGAUAAGGUGGGCUUCUACACCUUAUUUGGUUACUCCAUUGAUCAGAUAAUCAAAAAGGCUCGUCAGAACUACCUAAUCGAGAGUUACUUUAAAAGGGCAUUAUCGUCUUUUCAAGUCAAAGAAGACAUUCGUGCUGCAAUCAAGUUAUUAGAAGCGAAGUCAAAGACGCAUCCAGAACCGGACCAACGGGAAUAUCUUAAACACGAAGUUAAUCGUCUUCGAACGCUGCUGACGAGUCGAACAUCGGUUACUGGGAUGCUCACUGGGGCCCACGAUGCAUUGGCAGCAUACUUAGAUGUCAGGCACGGUUCAUCAGUUUCUGAUUAUGAAAUCUUCGAAGCCCUUCCUCGGCGCAUGGAGAAGGAAUUUCAUGAUGAUAUGCGGGCUUUGAAUGUUCUUGAGGCUGAUAAAUUGACCCGUGUCAGCGAGUAUAUUGAACCGAUCAUUGCCUACAUUAAAAAAAUUAUCGACAAUGGUUUUGCAUAUGUCGUCGAUUCAGGAUCGGUAUAUUUUAAUACAAAGAAAUUUGCUGAAACUGAGGGCCAUUUCUACGCAAAAUUAGUGCCGACGGCCUACGGAGAUGCAGCGAAAUUGGCCUCUGGAGAGGGAGAUCUCUCAACCACUGAGUCAGAGAAGCGGAACUUCAGUGACUUCGCUCUUUGGAAGGCCUCUAAGCCUGGUGAACCUGCGUGGCCCUCACCCUGGGGUAAGGGACGUCCGGGCUGGCACAUUGAAUGUUCCGUCAUGGCCAGUGCUACUCUCGGCGAGUCUGUAGACAUCCACACUGGCGGGGUCGAUCUGAAAUUUCCCCAUCAUGACAACGAACUUGCACAGGCUGAAGCGUAUUUUGGACACUCGCACUGGGUGAGUUACUUCCUGCAUGCGGGCCACCUAACCAUCAGUGGGUGCAAGAUGUCUAAGUCGCUGAAGAACUUCAUCACCAUUCGUGAAGCUCUCAAACAACACUCUGCGCUUGAGCUGCGCUUGGCCUUCCUUCUCCACAGCUGGCGUGAUACCCUUGAUUACGGUGCGGACACCAUGAACGAGGCCAUCGCCUUCAACAAGACUAUCACGGACUUUCUUUUCAACGUCUCACACACCUUGCGGUUACUUGCCUCGAGCAAACCUGCAAUCACUGAUGAUAUCGCCGAAAGUCAGGAUCUCUCCAAUGCUCUAUCCACAGCUGAGAAGGAAGUCUUUGAGGCUUUGUGUGACUCUAUCGACACGAAACGUGCGAUGUUGGCGAUUCGGGAGUUGAUAAAUGCCUCUAACCAGGUGGACUGCACGCAACCUCUGGUCUCUGGCUCAACGAACCUGCUGCCUCGAGCGCAUCAGUGCUAUGCUCUCGCCGCUUUCAUUCUCCGUCUACUUUGUAUCUUUGGCGCUGCCGAUCGCACCACCUUAGCCGACGCUUGGACCGCUCCUCUCUACUCCUCUCCCUCCUCCAUCAACUUCAGUCCCUGGGCAGUUUCGCGUGACUGCGUCGUAGAGGCGGUUAGCAAACCCCUAUGGGUCUCCAUGACUGCACCCAAGAAGGAGACUCUGGCUGCAGCUUUCCAUGGCGCUGCACUCGCAUGCAGGCAGUUCGUUCGUGAGGUGAAAGAAGUGGCUUUAAAGGCCCAGGAGGUGGCUACUCUUCUUUCGAACUUCGAGGCUACUUUGAAGAGGGAUUUCAAUCUGGACUGGAAUAGCUUGUCGAAUGAUGCCAAUGUGGUGUUCGACGCAGCGCUGAAGCAGGCUCUGGGUGAAUGCGCAGCGUUGAAGCGUAUACAGAUGAAGGACGUGAAGGCACUGGAGACGGAGGCCUGGCCAGUGUUGGCACGUCUGCUUUAUGCCAUGGCAGAUCUGCGCCAAGGUGUGCGCCUCUUCGCUCAGUCAGGGGGCCCUCUGAAGGCGCAGUUACUAACCACUUGCGACCGCCUUCGUGACGACUACCUUCCUGUUUACGGCAUCCGUUUGCAGGAUCGAUCCGAUCUUGUUGCUGAUAAACCGGAUCUUCCUGCUAUCGGUCUUAUUGAGGCGAAACUCCUCACAGCCGAAAGGCGAGAAAGAUCUGAGGCACGUCUCUUCUCUCCUAUCCAUUUCUUUCAAUUUCUACUUAUUUAUUUUAGUAAGCGUGCACUUUAUCGACUCAAGAGAACCGCGGAAAAGGCGGCUGUGAAGGCUAUGCGGGUUCAGAUCAAAAAGGAGGCAGGUAAACACCCACCAUCAGAGAUGUUUCGCAGUCAAAUCGACAAAUUUUCAGCCUUUGAUGAAAAGGGUAUGCCAACCCAUGACGCGACAGGGAAGGAGAUUUCGAAGAGCCAGUUGAAGAAGCUGCAGAAAAUGUACGACGCCCAGGCUAAGCGUCACGAAGACUACCUAGCUAGUCUUAAUUUGUAG